AUGGUAAUGCAGUUUUUAAGGGGUAGUUUUGUCAACAGGAUCAUGCUGGUGUCGGUGCUUGUACUGCUGUGUCAUACUAUAUGCAAGACACAUUCCAUUAAUUGUAGCAUAUUUAAUGAUGCCAUUCCUCAUGAAUUUUACCAACCAGGAGACAUUGUCAUUGGCCAGAUUGUUUCUCAAGUCCUCUACCUCUAUAAUAUCCCCUCGUUCAUGGAAGAGCCUGCACAGAUGGUGAUUGACGAUGAACCUAUUUCAGUGCCAAAGGACUAUCAGCACAUCCUGGCCUUAGCAUUUGCUGUCAAAGAGAUCAAUGAGAAUCCCAACAUUUUAUCAAAUAUCACCCUGGGGUUCCGCAUCCUCAAUAGCUACUCUGCAAGGAUGACCUAUAAGGCUACUCUGAGCCUGCUUUCCUCACAACAUAGUUUUGUUCCCAACUUCAAGUGUGACAACCAGAACAAUCAGUUAGCUCUCAUUGGAGGAUAUACCUCUGGAAUCUCUGCCAAUAUAGCCAUCAUUUCAGCAAUCCACAAGACUCCCCAGCUCACGUAUGGAUCAUUUUUGCCACUACAAGGUGCCAAAAUGUUAUUCCCAUUUUUGUACCAGAUGGUUCCAGCUGAAUCCCAUCAGCACAUAGGAAUUGUGCGGUUACUUCAGCAUUUCAAAUGGACAUGGAUUGGGCUUUGGGCUGUGAAUGAUGACAAAGGGGAGAGGUUUUUACAGACAAUUGUGCCUAUACUCUCCCAGAAUGGCAUAUGUUAUGCCUUCAUAGUGAGAAUACCAGAACCAAAUUAUGUGGAUGAAAUGAUAGACUUUGCUUUACAGCAUUUUGAAAGCUAUAAAAGGGUCUUUGAGGUUAACCCUAGUGUAUUUUGUAUUUAUGGAGAACCUCCAUCCUUUCAGGUUUUGAGAGUGUUGCUGUUUGCAGCACCCUUCUUUGCAUUGCCACCCUUGGGUAAAGUAUGGAUUGUUACAUCCCACUGGGAUUUUGCAUCAGUAUCUAUUCAGAAGUUUUGGGAUAUACAAACUUUCCAUGGUACCAUAUCUUUCACAGUUCACUCAGAUCAGCCAUUAGGAUUCCAAAAAUUUAUUCAGACGAUAAGACCUUCUUCAGCAAAUCAGGAUGGUUUUAUCCAGGACUUCUGGGAGCAGGCAUUCAGUUGUUCAUUAAAACUGUCUCAAGGGAGGGAGGAUGAGGAUGAGAGGAAAACCUGCACUGGAGAGGAGAAGCUAGAGAGCAUUCCAGGAAUCUUGUUUGAAAUGAACAUGAUUGGCCACAGCUACAAUGUCUACAAUGCUAUCUAUGCUGUGGCCCAUGCUUUGCAUUCAAUAUAUAAAGACUGGUCCAAACACAGAAGAUUAGAGGAAAGAGAGAGAUUGUCAUUUCGGAAUAUGCAAUCGUGGCAGGUACAUCACUUUCUAGGACGCAUUAUGUUCAAUAACAGUGCUGGAGAUACUGUGUGCUUUGAUGACAAUAGAGAAUUAGUUGUAGGUUUUGAUAUGACAAACUGGAUGAUAUUUCCUAAUGGCUCAAUUGUUAGAUUACAAGUUGGAAGACUGGGAUCUAACAGUCCUCCAGGCAAAGAGUUAACCAUUUAUGAUGACCAAAUUGUGUGGCAUCCAAACUUUAAUCAGGUGCUGCCUGUUUCUGUGUGCAAUGACAACUGCUAUCCUGGCUUCAGCAGGAAAAAGAAAGAAGGAGAGAAGUUUUGCUGCUACGAUUGUGCUCCGUGUCCAGCAGGGAUGACCUCUAGCCAGAAAGAUAUGGAUGCCUGUGUCAAAUGUCCAGAAGACAAAUAUCCCAACAAGAACCAAACUCAAUGCAUUCCCAAGGUUCUAAGCUACCUCUCUUACAAAGGAGUUUUAGGGACUAUUUUAGCUAUCUUGUCUAUUUCUUUCUCUCUUAUCACAAUUUUAGUACUUGGAAUUUUUCUGAAGCACAAGGAAACCCCCAUAGUCAAAGCCAACAACCAGACCCUCACCUACAUUCUGCUCAUCUCUCUUCUCCUUUGCUUCAUCUGCUCCUUAGUUUUCAUUGGACAGCCUGGAAAAGUGAUCUGCACUCUACGACAAACAGCUUUUGGAAUUAUCUUCUCUGUGGCCCUUUCUUCUGUGUUAGCAAAGACUAUCACUGUGAUUGUGGCAUUCAUGGCAAUCAAGCCAGGAUCCAGGAUGAGAAAAUGGGUUGGAAAAGGACUGGCAAAUUCUAUUGUCCUUCUCUGCACCUUUAUACAAGCUGGCAUUUGUAUAUUUUGGAUAAAUACUUCCCCUCCAUUCCCAGAUGUGGACAUGCACUCAGUGAAUGGGGAAAUCAUACUGGGAUGUAAAGAAGGUUCAGAUAUCAUGUUUUACUGUGUCUUGGGCUACAUGGGCUUCCUGGCCAUUGUCAGCUUCAUGGUGGCUUUUCUAGCAAAGAAAUUGCCCGACACUUUCAACGAGGCCAAAUGUAUCACUUUCAGCAUGUUGGUGUUUUGCAGUGUGUGGCUGUCCUUUGUUCCAACCUACCUGAGCACCAAAGGCAAAUACAUGGUGGCUGUGGAGAUCUUUUCCAUUUUAGCCUCCAGUGCAGGGUUACUGGGCUGCAUCUUUUCUCCUAAAAUCUACAUCAUUAUAUUGAGGCCUGAACUGAACAAUAAGGGGCAACUAAUAAGGAAAAGAAAAUGA